AUGUCAAUCAAGAAAGAUGUCGAAAAGAUGUUCCCCGGUGAUGGGGAAUUGAGCGAAAUGUGUGGCCGGGACCAGGAGAUAUAUAAAGCAGGUGUCCAGAAGUUCAAUCGACUGGGAUGGAAGCGCCUCACGAUCGUAUUGAUCGUAGAGGCGGUGGCACUAGGAUCUCUCUCGAUCCCGUCUACCUUUGCGACUCUCGGGAUGGUGGUGGGUGUGAUCUGCUGCGUUGGCCUCGGCCUCAUCGCUGUCUACACUAGCUAUAUUAUCGGUCAGGUCAAAGUGAAGUUCCCGCAUAUUUCGGACUAUCCCGAGGCAGGCAGGCAGAUGUUCGGGCGAUGGGGAUAUGAAGUUCUCUUCAUGAUGCUAUGCUUGGAAUUGUUGCUGUCUGCUGGAUCCCACUGUCUAACUGGGGCAAUCGCAUUCGCAAAUAUCACAGGGAGCAACAUUUGUUCCGUGAUUUUCGGUUUCAUCUCGGCUAUCAUUUUGUUGCUAUUCGCCGUGCCACCGACUUUCUCUGAUAUGGCUAUUCUCGGUUACGUCGAUUUCGCCUCAAUCAUUAUCGCCAUCGGAAUCACCAUUAUCGGAACUGGAGUGGAGGCUAGUAAUUCUACUGGCCUACAAGCUGUGAAUUGGUCGGCUUGGCCAAAGGAUAACCUUACCUUCUCCGAAGCAUUCAUCGCCCUCUCCAAUAUCAUUUUCGCGUACAGUUUCGCUCUAUGUCAAUUCUCCUUUAUGGAUGAGAUGCACACGCCGACUGAUUUCCCCAAGUCUGUUUGGGCCCUUGGUCUGACUGAGAUCUUCAUCUACACUGUGACUGGUGGACUAGUGUAUGCCUUUGUUGGCCAGGACGUCAAGAGCCCCGCCCUAUUGUCUGCUAGUAGCCUUCUCAGUCGAGUUGCGUUCGGUAUCGCCUUACCGGUCAUCUUCAUCAGUGGUUCUAUCAACACAGUCGUACUAGGUCGACUAGUGCACGGCCGCAUGUUCAAAAACUCUAACAUCCGGUUCAUUAACACAAAGAUGGGAUGGAUAACCUGGCUGGUUGUCGUCACAGUCCUGACAAUCCUUGAAUUUAUCGUUGCUCAGGUCAUUCCAUUCUUCAAUGACCUACUGUCCCUUAUCUCGUCGCUAUUCAUCUCCGGUUUCACAUUCUAUUUCCCGGCUAUAAUGUGGUUUAUGUUCAUCCGCGGCGACGAAACCUCAAUGGGCAAAAGAAUAGUUUUCGGCGUACUUAACGUCUGCAUCCUGUUCAUUGGCCUAAUUGUUCUAGGUGCUGGAACAUACUCGAGCGUUGUUGAUAUUAUCAAGUCAUAUGCCGAUGGUACCGUCGGAGGACCCUUUUCAUGCAAUGUCUAG